GGCUGUGGCGUCUAUCUGGCAGCAUUUGCGUCAUCAUCGUGAUUUAUUUUUGGUGCAGCUUUCCUCACAAGCAGCACGCUGGGAAUCUUCCACUCAGGAACCUGUCCGACAAAGAAAAAGAAGAAGAGACCAUGAGUAAUCCCGUGGAGAAGGUUUUGGCUGAGAAGAAGGAGGCCAUCGAGGCAGCCAUGGACAUGUUGGAGCGCGGCACCGAGGUUGUGGCCAGUGCGGUGGGGGAGCUCUUCCCGCUGUGCCAGGCCGCCGCUCCGGUUCUGCGUCUGGCCUUGGACAACGUCCACAGCAAGGAGGUCUUCUACGUCAAGGAGCAGUUCCUGACCGUCCGCAACAGUCUGGACCUUCUUUCAGGCCAGCUGGAGGACAUCGAUUGCGAGAUCAAGAAGGCCCGGCUGGACUCGCAGUAUUUCGCCGUGGAGGAGAACCUCCGCAAUCAAUUCAGGAAGUACAUGGACAUCAUCGAGGCCAAAGCGCAGUUUCGGGAGGUCAAGACCAAGUUAUUCCUGGAGCAUUUCUCCAGGAGUGGUGGCGAGAAGAAUUUAUUUGUGCUCUAUCACGCACUCAUGGGUAACAGCAGCUUUGGAGAAUCGAUUCUGGACGUGGUGGAAAGGUAUGUCUCCAGGAACCGUCGCCUUCUGGAGGACUUUUGCGUACGCAUGAAGGAGCUUCUCUGCUUAGGUCUGAUUGCUCUCAUGGGACACACGGCCUUGAAUCAAAACCACCAGGAGGAAGAGGACAAAAUCCAAGAGUGGAGCCGCAAGAUGGACGAAAUCGAACUCCGGAUGAAGACCACCAUCCAAUCCUGCGUGGAUGCCUUUCCGGAGCAGGCCAAACUGGACGCCCAGCACUUCCUCCAGGAGAAGGAAAGCGACAACCUCCAGGAGACCACCCAGGAGCUCUUGGACUUCCUGGUCAAGAAGUACGAUUGGGUGAGUUGGUCUGUGCGCCUCAUCAACCACUCGGGGAGCACUUACCGCAACUGGAGAGCCGGGGAGCGCUUCCACCAUGUGGUGGGGCGCAACUGGUUCGAGGUUCUGCAGGUCAACAACAUCAACCUGGUGGUGUCGUUCAGCACCGGGCCCCAGACGGUGCCCAGGGAUGCCAUACUGGAGAUGAUGGAGGGCGCCGCUCGCAAGGGCAACGCCCCCGCGGUAGUGGACGUUCUGGAGAAACAGAUGAGCGGGUUUGUGGUUCACGCCGUCAGCCGCCACAAGGAGUCAGCGGCGGCCUGGAGUUUCCCAGAAGAUUGUCACUACUGGGAGAGGCACAAGAAUGUUGCUGUGUGCGUACACGCUGAUUGAAACUCGAAAACAUUCCAAAGCGGGAUUAAAUCUCAGACCUUAAGUGUCUAAACUAUAACGAUGACCAUUGACGAAAAUACCCUAGCCCAGCGGUCCCCAACCCUCGAGCCACGGACCGGUACCGGUCCCUGGGUCAUUUAGUACCGGGCCGCACAGAAAGAUUAAAUAAUUUACAUUACUUCCGUUUUAUUCAUUACGGAAUGUGAAAGAUGUUUUAUUUUGAAAAAUUACCAGAUUCUAUGUUACAUCCAUCUAUACAGUGUAUCACUCUUGAUUCAGGUAUAGGCGUGCAUCCCGGUCACGUGAUAUGUUACCGCUAAAACGAAACCCAGGAAGCGAGCAAAAAGUUUCCUUGGGAAGGGGAAAGGGCCAGCCAGGAGACAGAAGAGGAGCCGACGACUUUCAAGAAAAAGAAGGCUACAUUUAAGACACAGUAUCAGGAGUCCUAUUUAAAAUACGGAUUUAUCUCGAACGGGAGAUUGCCCCGCACCAAGCUAGUCUGCAUAAUAUGCGGCGAUGGCGAGUCGUAUUUUACAUGCACUUUUUAAUUGCCGUUUAUCUUAUUUUGAAGGCACGUUUAACCGUUACCAUAGCGACCACCCAGUGUUGCGGCCAGAUAGGACGUGUCAUGAUUCGUGUUUAUUAUUAUCUUUUAGACAAUACCACAGUUCUCAUACAGGUCAUAUUAUCUUGUUGAAUUCAUCCGGCCGUUGUAUUUAACAGGCCGGCCCCCUGAAAAUAUCGUCUGACCUGAAACCAAUCCGUGGGGCAAAUAAAGGUUGGGGACCACUGCCCUUGGCUAGUAACCCUUAACCCAACCCUAUCCCGAACCCUAAACCUCCAAACCUAACCCUAAUCCGAAAAAAAUGCUUCUCUCUCGUAACCUUAACCUUCAGUGCCCCAAACUUGAAACUGAUAUAUUAAGCAGAAGAGACAUACUCACAUAUUUGUGUUCAAAUAUAAUUUCCCUAUCCCAACAAAAGUAUUUAUGGAUAGUUUUUUUUCCCUCAUAGUCUAAAUAAAGUGAGCGCAUGGUGAGCAUUGAAUGUGUUUUGCUUCUUGCCAGCGGACAAGUCGUUUAUGGAUGUGGGGAAGUGUUUAAUCUAAUAGGCUGCUCCUUUUUUCUCAGCACAAAUGUGAUUGACACUGCACCGUUAGCAUCUGCGGCUGCUAAUUGAAUUUCCCUUCGCAACGGAGUCAGCGUUUCCCAGACCGCAGCGCUAUAGCCCCCUACGGGCAUGUAGCAAAGUGCUUAGCUUAGCAUGUUUAGAGUUUUUUUUAUCGCAGACACUGCCCAGUCUUAUGCCGGCCUGCCGGGCAGCUGGCUGUAAAAUAGAAAAAUGGCCAGGUGCUUUAAAGCAGACCCUUUCUAUUUCACUCAUUUCCGUUUUUUUGGAUAUGAAUUGAAAUGUUGUAUCGAUUUCUAGUCAUGGCGUUGUGAAUUUAUUCCCCGUGUUGUGGUAUGUUCAGGUGUGUAUGAUAUCACGGUGUGCAGUAUAGAGCAGCAGCAAAUUGAUAA